AGCGUGCGGCCCGCGGAGUUCAGCAGGAGUCAACUUUUCACAGCAUUUCCUGGGCAAUUACUGGAUGGGAUGGGAUCAGAUCUGCUGCUGCUACCUUUUGUGGGAGAAGAGAGAAGGGGCAGAGAAAUACACUUGGCUGGAAAGAAAAGGGAACUGCUAUGCUCCUUAACACAAUAGGACUGUCAAUGGCAGGAUACCAGCUCUGGUCACCAUGGACCCCACUGGACGAGAGCUUCCAAUGGCUGCGGCACACAACACCUAUACCUUCUUCAAAGCAUCCCUUUAGGGCUUCCCCCUGCUUCCCACAUACCCCUUCUGACCUUGAAGUGCAGGUGUGCUUUCAAGAGGUCACUCUAGUCCUAGACAGCCCAUUUCUGGAGCCUGGGGUGAGUCCCAAGUUACCUUGCCACACAUCAGAGCCCCGAACCAUGAACAACAACAAAGGGCUGGUCAGGAAGCCCCAGCCUGUCCGCCUCAGUGGAGUGGAUUCCGUGUUUGGCAGGGUCAUCACAGCUCAGCCACCAAAAUGGACUGGGACCUUCAGAGUUUCAGACAAAUCAGCCUUUUGCAAAAUCAUCAGCCGGGAGAACCAGUGGCCCACUGGACUUAAGGAACCUCAGAUUCAGAUGACAGUGACCAUGUGCAAACAGAUGCUGCGCUCUAUCCUCUUACUGUAUGCAACGUAUAAGAAGUGCACCUUUGCCUUGCAACACUCCAAGUAAAGGGUUCCCAUCUGAUUCCUG